CCGUUUUCAAGAGAAAGUACGUUUAGUCUACCAAAGGAUGCUUAAAGUAUCAAGGGAGCUUUUUUUUCUUUCUUUUAAAAAGUAAAUUUACCGCUCUAUAUCCUGUCAAUUUUACUUGUCCUAAUUAACUGAAUUUGGCUAUUUUCUGGGAGAUGGACGAGCUAAGCGAGUUUUCACUCAGACCAUACAACAGAAGAAAAUUGAUUGAAAUCACAUGAGCGUUUUCGGCUUUUCUUUUAAUAUAUAAGAAAGUAAACAAAAGAAUGAAUAACUUUAUUUAUUAAUAUUGAAGCCAAACAGCCGUUUCUGCUAAAUGCAACAAAAUUAAGCUGUCUGAUUAAAAAACCACGUCAAGCUUUUAUUUAUUUAUUUAUUGUAAAUUAAAAAAUGUUAGUAUGGAAACAGAGAAACAAAAGAACAACGUCGAAGAAUCUUUAUCACCAGCAAUUUCUGAAAAUAGUCUUUUAACGGAGGGACCGUGCGAUGAGGAAGACUUUGGCUUCGCUGCAAAUGAAUACUUUGCUCACCGAAUAAUUGGACGCGGUUCUUCUAGUACCGUAUGGUUGGCUACGAAAAGCUCUACCAAUGCUGAAUAUGCGAUCAAAGAAUUUCGUAAAAGCGUUUUACGCCGUCAGAAAAGAGUUGAAUUGCUUCAAAAUGCCAACCGGCGAAAUGCAGGGGUUCCUAUAGAUCGUAUAUCUUUAGAAAAAAAUAUGCUUCAAGAUGAGCGGUCAGAUCCGUUUUGUUAUAUACGAAACGAGCUUGACAUCGUUCAGUCACUAAAUCAUCCGAACAUCGUUAAAGUAUUGGAUGUCAUUAAUAAUGAAUAUUUGGAUAUGUUACUCGUUGUUUUAAAUUACUGUCCUAAUGGAAAAUUGGCCUCUGUCGAUCAUGGAAUAUCUUUUUCUGCAUUUCCAGAAGAGCGUUGUCAGUUUUAUUUUCGUCAGCUCGUCUUCUGUGUAGACUACGUACAUAGAGAAAACGUUAUUCAUAGAGAUAUAAAGCCUGACAAUCUUUUGUUGGAUGCUGCUCGAAAUUUAUGUAUGAUUGAUUUUGGACAAGCAGAGUUUCUUCCGGCUGAUGGAUUGGUCAAUGUUGUGUCUUCAACGCCAGCUUUUAUGGCGCCUGAACUACUUAGCAGCCCUUAUCAAAAGGUAGAUGGCAGAAAGACUGAUAUUUGGUCUAUGGGAGUUACCCUUUAUGUUAUAGCUUUUGCAAAGCUUCCUUUUUCUGGAACCUCGAUUUCUGAAAUGAUUACCAACAUAACAGAGAAAGAGCUUGAGAUUCCAAAUUAUGCUAGUGAUACCCUUCGAAAUGUAUUAACGAAAUUACUCGAAAAGGAUCCUCAAAGAAGGAUGAAUACUCAAGAAUUAUUGAAGGAUCCUUUUGUGACAUAGAACGAAUCAUCAUUAAGGCUUCAUGAACGAACGAGCGAGAUGAUGGUUUUGUCUGCAUAAGUAUAUGUAUGUAUGUAUAUAUAUAUAUAUAUUAACGUAAUUUCAUUUACUUACUUCUGAAACAAAUGUAAUGCAACUUUUCCUAUACCUGCUUUUCUAUUUUCUUUUGGAAUUGACUAUAGACUCUCCGACGGCUUCAGUGUCGUUGUUAUUCCCUCAGCGAGGAAAACUUUUAUUUUAUUUUCCUGAAUGUUUAUACAAAGAAUAAAUAAAACAUAAAACGAAUUUUUGGGU